UAUAUUCAAAAAAACAACAUGUCUUUGAAAGGGAUUCAAAGUACUCGUCAGUUCGUGUUUGAAACGAGACAACACAUGAGGACAACCCUGUCGUAUCCUUUGGUUGAGCGCCUUUAAUAACACUACUCUUUAGCUAGAAGAUUAGCCAAAAAAUGGUUGGUCACAUUGCAUGAUUCAAUUACGCCGUAGAUUACUUGAAUUCAUGGCAAGAAAAAUAUUCUUCACAAUCUCUGAGCUUUGUGAGUGCCAUCGGAAAUUGGAAGCGAAGCGUGAUUGAACAUAGCCAAUUUCGGAUUGACUUUGAGUGUGCCCAAAAAUGUGCCCAAACGUCAAGCCCGAAUCCUUGCGACUUCAUUGUCACUCGAGGAGGAGAUUGCUAUAUUGGGUCGUCUCAACUUUGGAAUGAUCCGAAUGAUCUACCGAGUGUAUCCCUCGGAGGACUCAUGAUUUGGUCAACUCAAGAAUUUUCGUUAACCGGACGAUUCAAUGAAUGGUCCAACAUAACCAAAUUGGAUCAAAACAUUGUUCGAAGAACUAAUGUUGGUUCUCUUGCCGAGUGUGAAACCCAGUGCUUGUUUUACGAUGAGUACAAUUGUCAUUUCCUCGUGUUUACUCCUGGUUUAUGCUUUCUGGGCAAUGUCCGAUUUGGUAACUUGACAACAAUCCCCUCUAUCGCACAAACAACAAGGAUCAAUAUCGCUCAAAGUGUGGAGAUGAGUUCCUUUUUGAAUGAGUCAUUCAGAUUGGAAACCAGUUUGACCGUUCAAAGCAACCAGAUCAGAUUCGUUUCUAACCCGGGCUUUGGUGCCUCAAAUGGUGAAUGUGCUCUUUUCUGUGAACUCUUCCAGACCACGUGCCACCUCUUUCAUCGAAAUGCUCAGGGGCAAUGUUUCAUCAUAUCCUUUGAAGAAGAUGCUCCAGUGUACGGUGGACCUUUCACGCCUGAUAGUCAAGUUUUCUUCAGCAACUUAGCAACCAAUGAGGAGCAUCUAAAUUCACAUUAUGUGGCUCACGAAGCUCACUCGUCUCUAUGGGAGACCCAUAUUUUCGAGAAGACCUCAUUGGAAUCAAACGUGAAGAGGAAAUGCCAUUUGAAAUGUUCGACCAUGAAUGAUUAUGCAAUCAACCUUUGCGAAUUUCUCGUAGUUGUGGGCAAUGAUUGCCACUUGGGGUUAUUUUCGCAUGUCCGAGGAGAGCCAUUUAUAACACCAAUUAAAGCGACUAUCUACCAAAAGAAAGGUGCAAUUGAUCAAAUAUGUCUUAUGAAAGUUAUGAUUUAAGGUAUACAUGAAUUACUGUAUCCCCGGUGUUUGUGGCAUCCAAUUUUUUAAUGCUUCUGACUCCGGACAUGAGUCCUAAUGUCUGUCCAAAAAGUAUUCCCAAUCCUUUUUGCGAGAAAGCUUACCUCUGGCGUUCCUUUCCAGAAAUUAGAAUGACCUUUUUCGAAAUCAUGACCAAAGAAAGGUUGAGGCAUAUGUAAUUUUGUUUGCAAACAUGAAAUCCCAGCGGUUAAAGUUGCUCCCAAGCGUUUGGCUCAAACAAGCCUUCAAAAGAUCUGAGGGAACUCAGUUGUUCUCUUUCCACCUCAAUAAAUCCCCCUGUGGCCCUUGGGUUCCAGAUUGGGGAAGCAUUUUUGUGUUGUGUCUGUCUGGACAAUUGAAUUGUACAGAAUAUUUUUCUCAAACUCAUCUCUAGAUUUGAAUGUUCCAAAAGUUCAUCCCCAAACUUGGAAAGCAUUUGUCAAUAUUGAUUGCGAGUGAUCUUCAAAUUUACAACCGUUUUCUAAAAUGCUAUCCCAAGAUUUUUUUCAAGAACUAGCUUAUAGGAUUAGGUUUUUAUGGUUCAGAACCUUUU